AUGGACGAGCAGUUGAAGGACAUGAAGACCACAAAAUUGAUUCAUGAGGUCACAUGCCGUCUAUACUACGACACUGCGACCGAACCCCAAUCUUCGACUGCGGUCACGCCGUUCGCUCAGAAUGCAUUGCCGGCGCAAUCAAUACAGAGCGACUGCCCGACCUGCAAAGCCCCGCUCCUCACAAUAGACGCCGUCGACCAGCCGAAAGGCGGAUACUGCGAGCAGAGCGACUCGGAUGGUGGCGAGAAAAGAUCAAGACGCAAGAAACAGAAAAAGGAGAAGCGGGAAGUAGGAGACGACGAUAACUGGGCUCAGCGAAAGCUCCGGGACCGUUCCAAGUGGAUCGAGCAGUACAGCAACAACUACCCCAGUCAAGAACUUAUGACGAGCGCAAAAACCAUUGCGGUUAAGAACAAGACCCUCAUAUGGCAGAGGGAAGGCCCUGACAACAAGAUCAUUGUCUUUGUCAAUUGGGCCAAGCUGGCUUGCAUCAUGGGUCGGCUCUUCGAGGAACAGAUACCCUUUCUCUACUACUUCGGCGACCUGUCCCUGGAAGAGAAAGCAGCCGCCAUAAACGACUUCCGUGAUAGACUCGAGAUCAAAGUGCUGGCCUCUGGACGUGUGCACCGCAUCGGGCAGACCAAGCCAACAUACCUUGUCAAGAUCCUCGUCAAGAACAUUAUCGACGAGGGUUUGCUCGAGAUCCAGCAGGCCAAGGAGGGCGGGGUCGCCAAGGCGCUGCAGAAAAACGGAUCUUACAAGACAGAGAGGACGGCCGAGGAAUUAAUGAAGUUUUUUCAAAUUUGGUCCUGAUGGUGGCGUUUCUGUGGGAGAUGACAGUGGUGGGGGAGAUGCGGCUCAGGAAAGUGUGAUUAUGCUGAGUGACGACGACGACGACCAGGAGCAUGGUGAGGGCGGUUGCGAGAGUCACCUUCAGGAUCAGAUUGAGGGUGACAGUGACGGUGACGGUGGUGAGAGGGAAGGGGUUAACACCGAUAUGGCUUCGGGCAUGACGCUUGAAGGAGUUCAAGUCAAGGGCCGAAGUUCAGUGGGAUGGAUGGUGGUUUCAGUUUGCUAGACACAAUUGCUUGGAGAGGCCAGAUGAGAAUAC